GGUUGGUCUUAUCAGUUAUCAGCCGAGCAGCUACUCCAACUGAUAACGAUAACAGCGCCAAUGUGCCAAGAUCAGGCGUCAACGAACGACUCGGAGGACCUUCCGUGCACGCCAGGAUUGAUAUCUCGUGCCUAUACAUUGGUGGAGAGCGGUGGAAGACUCAAGAUAAUCGGAGACGGCCGACAUGUUUCAUCCCAGAUGAUAAGUCACAUCUGGAUCCGACUAUAUAUUCUCCCAUGGCAAUCUCUAGGCAUGAUUCUGACUGACCUGUGGCAUCCUCAACUCUCACCAUGGUGCGCAUUUCCCAAUUUGCCCUCUCAGCCUUCGGGCUGGUCGGGUCAGCGGCCGCACAGCUGGUAUCCACGGGCAUGUCUGUCACCCUCGACAACACCAACUACUUCAUCUCGCCAUACCCGUCCGGCAAUGUGACCGUGUCACCAGCCUUCCUCUCUGGCAUUCCCAGCGCCAACGGCUUCUACCCAGUAACUGUCGUCCAAGAAGCAGCCGAGGCGUCAACUUUGUCUUCUCUGUUCUCCACAUGGAUAACCAGGGAUGAUGUCUUUACUGACGCCUUUUUGGGCGCCGUUUUCGUUCGCGGUUACAAGCCCGACAAUGUCACCAUAACUACGUUCAACGCUUCCCGUCCCAGCGUCCUCGCUCCCCUAGAGUCCAGGAUCGUCCCAUCCGGCCCAUACUUCCUCGAGCAGGCCACCGGAAAUCUCUAUCCGGUAUACCGUCUUUACAGCGAUUUUGCCGGAUCCUUUACGCAGUCGCUACUGCAGAAGCCAGACGGUACUUUUCAGCCUUUGUCCGCGCAGGUGGCUGGUCUGGUGGCCGCAACGGUUGGCGUGCCCUCUCGGAUCUACUACACCCCCAGUGCCGAGAAGCCGCUGGCUGGAGUCCGCGUGGGUGUCAAGGACAUUUACAGCCUGGCUGGUGUCCGGCAGAGCAAUGGCAACCGUGCAUGGUACAACCUCUACGAAGAGAGCAAUGCCACGGGCACCGCAGUCUCCCGCCUGAUCGAUGCAGGCGCCAUCAUUGUCGGGCUGCAGAAGCCCUCGCAGUUUGCCAACGGAGAGACGGCCACUGCCGACUGGGUUGACCUCCACUCGCCUUUCAACCCGCGUGGAGAUGGCUACCAAGACCCCUCGUCUUCCUCCUCUGGCGCGGGAGCAUCCAUUGGCUCCUACGAGUGGUUGGAUCUGGCACUGGGCAGUGACACGGGUGGCUCCAUCCGCAAUCCCGCAGAAGUCCAAGGCGUCUACGGCUCUCGUCCCUCGCACGGCCUCGUUGAACUCGACCACGUCAUGUCCAUGUCUCCUGUGCUGGACACAGCGGGUGUGCUGACCAGGGAUCCGUAUCUGUGGGACCGCGCCAACCAGGCGCUCUACAGCACCAACUACACCUCGUUCAGUGAAAAGACGGUCAAGUACCCCAGCAAGCUGUAUACCAUUGAUUUUCCGACCACCAAUGAUUCUGCAGCGGAUGCACUGCUGGCCAAGUUCCAAAAGCGCUUGGCGAUUUUCCUCAACACAACGGCCACACCGCUGGAUCUGCCUGCGGACUGGGCCUCCAACCCCCCGGCUGAUGCUCCCAGUGAUGUGUCUCUCGAAACGUUACUUAACCUGACCUAUCCGAUGUUGAUCACCAAGCAGCAGAUUCCUCUUGUCAGAGAUCCUUUUUAUGCUGAUUAUGCUGCCAAGCAUGACGGACGAGUCCCCUUUGUCGACCCUGUGCCUCUAUCCCGCUGGGACUGGUCGAUGGGGUACCCCGACUCGGCCCUCGACGAGGCCAUCUAUAACAAGACGCUUUUCAUGGACUGGAUUGCUGAGAACUACCUCACGCCUAUUUCCGAUCCUGACCAGUGCUCCUCGUCACUGAUUGUGUACGUGGGCACCGACGGCUCGCAGACGCCGCGUAAUGUCUAUCGCUCUCUCCCAGGUGCACCCUCGGGGUACAGCCGCUUCCUGAUCUCCAACAUGGCGAGUGUGCCUGACUAUGUCAUUCCCAUUGGAGAGGUCGAAGCCUUUAGCACAAUCACGCAGCAUAAGGAGAAAUUCCCCGUGGCCAUUGAUGUUCUGGCCGCCAAGGGCUGCGACGGAUUGCUGGUCAGACUGGCCCAAGACUUGUUGGAGGCUGGCAUCAUCACUGCGCCUUUGGCCGGAGGCACCCUGACUGGUGGCUCAGUUCUGUUCUGAUGAGGUGCUUUGAGGAUCUGCCGGAUACUUCUUUGGACAGGGUCCAACUCCGGGCUUGAGAUGAGUGAUGGUUGACGAUUUGGGAUGCCUGUAUG